UCCCAGGCCCACUGCGGGAGACUGAAACCUUUCCUAAAGAAAAUCAAUCGAGGACACAAACAGAUCUUCAGCUGAUAGAAGCCGGCACAGUUAACCAGUGGGAGAGGUUGCUGACACGAAUUCUCGGUUGUUUUAAGUCUCAAGUGCAUGUGUUCCUCGUAAAGAAGCGCGGGUUGGUGCUGUGAAGAAACCCGCGUGACGUGCGGUCUGUCUCAGGCGGUAGGUGCUUCUGAGGAUGAGGACUGCUCGUGAUGCCGCAGCACGAACGGGAUCUCAGGAAGGCACGGUGAGGGCAUGCAGCUCUCGAUCUGCAUGCUCAGAGAGCUAGAACCGUAAGAAAGAGCGCAUAUAAACAGAGGAGGACACACAGCAGGGACCGCCCAUUUGUUUAAGCGUGGCAGACGGAGGUAUUUAAUUCUCUCUGGAGCGUGUUCAGCGGUGGUUGGUGCAGUUUGACCUGUAUCGCAUUACAUUAAAUUUAAGACUGUUUUGGGGGGCCUUCUAGAACUGCAUACACUUCUGUAUGAAGAAAUAAACUGAUUUCUGUAACUGUAGGGAAAAGGUUAAUUUCUUUUAGUAUUUUUAUGCUGUUUCUAGCUUGUACUCUCUAAGCUCAAGCUCAUCGAUGCGAUUAGUGAUCGUUACAGUGCUUAAGUCAUACAGCUUUUAAGUAGAUUUCUAGUUUGUUCUAGUUUAAGUAAGCUAGCUCUUAGUGGAUGAUUUGGGCAGCAGGGUGAUGCAGUGGUUGAGGCUGAAUCAGGAUGGCUUUGUGCCUCAGACCUGCUAAGCCAGGUCUGCCUGCCAGGCAGUUGAUUCUUUUCUUAUCCCGGUUUCAUCAGAACAAUGGCUUUACUGACCUUUUUCCGUCUUAAAACGUGGCAUGAGAGCUGUUCGAAUUCUAUAAUAGAAAGCGGUGGAAGUUGCAGCAUGCGUACAGAUCUGGUUUGUGUGAUAUCUGUUGUGUUUGUGUUCUAGAGCAGGAGAUGGUAAUUACAGGAAUUCCAAACUGUUCCUUUUUUUCUUUUUUUUUUCUUUUCUUUUUUUUUUUUUUUUCUUCUAGGGCAUAAAACUCCCUCCCAGACAAAUUGCGUUCUGUUUUCAAAACCGAGAAUGAGAACGUGAAGAGCUUUGCAGAUAGAGAGAUAGAAUGCACAUUCGAUACGUUAUGGAGCAAGAACUCCAGCAAGGGUAAAGCUAGAGAAAAUGACUGCAGCUCAGAGCCUUUAAAGAAGUGAGGGCCUUCUGCAGUCACACACACUUAUUCAGGAUUGGUCACGGUUCACUUCUCAACUUAAUGUACUUCAAGCAUCAUUUUCUAACCGUUUGUCUUACUCUCAUAGUUUCAAGCACAACAGUUCUAGAACAUGCACUUUGUCAAUUCAAGACAACCUUUUUCUCCCUUCAAAUAUAACAGCUUUUGCGUUUGAUCAAACUCAGAGCCGUAAUCUAGAAAAACAAAUUCGACUACGAAAUCAGAGACAUUCAGAGAAAGUGAUGGUUGUUGGAGGGAGUUUACUUGGGCUAGUACUUCAUCCACUGAGUUUAGUUCCUUUCAGAGAGAUGUGCAGUCAGAGGCAAUAAAAGCACAUGCUAACUCUGAAGAAUGUAAAUAAAAUUAUGUAUUGAACUAUGGUCAGAAUGCAGGCUUUGAACCAUACAGCGACGUUCAUUCUGUGGAAGAAAAGCAGCAUGCAAUCCAGAACGCAAAAUCCUGAGUCUUCUCGGCAAAGGACAGUGUAUGAGGUUCAGUUAGAAUAUUCCGGGAGUGUUAUUCCAAAAUGAAAAUUCUGAAGCAGAAUCCUUGUUAGAAACAUAAAACACACAUGUAUGGUGAUGUUGAGGGACAGUUUCUCAGUAGGAGCAGGACUGAGUCAAUGGAGAACACAUGCGGAACUGAUGCAGUUCAGAAGAGUCUGACUGGAGUGCGGGUGAGCUACACCUUACGUGAGAAGCCGUAGAGUUAUGACAGUACAGCUCCCCGUUUUAUAUCAAGCCAAGAAGCAGACUGAAUCUGUUACCGUGCUUUGAGGCUUCCUCCGGGGCUUUGAUUAACACGAGUAUUUGGACAUGGGGUUAGUUCUCUAGCUCGGUCGUGCAAGUAUUUUACUUAACUUGGAGUCUGAGCCAUCAAAGCAAGACAUUCACGGGCAAUUCCGUUUGUGGUGGUCAAGAAGCUUGAAACUACAACCUCAAAGCAUUGCAAAGUUUCAGCAGGUAGAAUAAGCAGACUUAGAGAUGGGGUAACCUGACUGCUUUGUUCAUCCUGAGCGGUGACCGAAGCGAAGAGACCGGGCUGAUACCUUACUACUGCAAAUUGCUAGCAUCAGAAGUGACUUUUGUCUUCCCAGUAAAGCGUGGUGCCCAAACAUAGGACUGCAUGAACUGCUUGAGUUAACAUAAGCUGAUAGAAGCUGGUUUUAGUGUUCUGACUAGGAAAAUCAGAUUUUUUUUCCCGUAGAUGGUUUGUUUUUCUUGUAUGUGUGAGCAACAUCAAGUAGUCGGUUUUAUUCGCUAUUUUAGGAUGCUAUAUAUUAAACAGUUGCUGUAUAUUUUACAGUAUGUUAUACGGGGUAUGUUUUACCAGGAUAGGUUUUGUGACAUCACAAGAGCAGGGCACGCAUCACUGUGUAUAGUCACGUUGGCAGCCCCUCCCAGUGCAGACACGACGGGCAGUCGAUCUCUCCUGGUGGUUAGUGCUGGAGCUCUGCGAGCUCUGCUCUGAUUGACCGCCACUUUGUGUGUUGCGAUUGUUCGUUGAGAGAGAACAGGAUGAAGUUCAGCCAGGCCCUCCUCGUCUUCCUGCUUCUGUCCAUGUCUCCAUUCACUGGAAGGCGCCCUGGCCGUUCCAGCAAUGGUGACUGGGACGAGGACAGGGAGGAAGAGCUGGUCCCUCCUGAGGAGCCGCUGCUUGCUGACACCGAGCGCCAGACCUCCAACUGGCCCAGCUGGCUUGGCCUCCCCUCCUGCCCCAGCUGGAUCUGGCAAAGGGUCAGCAGGGCUGCUGCAACAGAGGGCCUGAAGCAGCAGCCCCAGGACGCGGAGCAGAAGGCCCCUGAGUCGCCCUUCUGGCUUGGCCUUUCAGCGCUCCCCAUCCGGAUCCGCGAAAGGGACAGCAAGACGGUCCUCCCUGAGGAGAAGCAGCCUGCUGACACCGAGCGCCAGACCUCCAACUGGCCCAGCUGCCUUAGCCUUCCCUCCUGCCCCAGGUGCAUCUGGCACAGGCUCAGCAGAGCUGACGGUCCAGAGGGCCCAAAGCGGCAGCCCCUGCGCACCGAGCAGGCGGCCUUCAGCUUGCCCUACCUCCUGGGCCUCCUCUGCGACUACAUGGAGCAAGGGGGGUAUACCGGGCUCCUUAUGGGUGCCCUGAUAGAUGUCUGCGCUCUCUGCCUGCUGCGGGUUGCCCACAGCCUCUGGGGAAAAGUACAAAGACCUCGGGAACAGGGAACGCGACAAAUGGCCUCAGGUCCCCCGGGAACAGACGAGCAGCUCGACCGGCUGCAGGCCCAGCUGGACUUAUUGCAGAGGUGCCUGACGACCCUCGAAUCCCACGCGGAGCUCAACCGCCAGCAGUCAGGGAAGAAGGCACAAGGAGCAAGGAAGAGGAGUUGCUCCCCACCCCGCUCCAGCUCCAGCUCCGCUGUGGAUUCCGUGGGUGGACAACAGGAAAGCAGGGCAAGAUGACUGCCAGCUGCUGGAGCAGGACAUGCCUCCGCCCACCAAAGCUUCCUGGGGUGAAGGCAUCUCCAGUGACUACAGUCUUCUACCGCCUGGCUGCCAAGAGCUCCUUGAUCAUCACCUUGCUGCAGGGGGCUACGGACACUGGCCCAGCCUGCACAACGGCCGGCGGAGACUGUCCCACUAGUUUCAAGUGUUUGUUUUUCUCUUUUUUCUAUGUUUCAGUAAUUCUCUUUUUUGCAUGUUUCAAUAAAAAUUAAAAGAUAUAUUGCUAGUGCGUGUGUUUUGGUUUUCACUCGUGGAAGUUCAGAAGGAAUUGUACACAUCCAAGAAGUUACGUAGGAGUACAAAUUAAUUGCUGAGGAAGCAAUUUUACCACUUACAAGGUUGUGCCACCAUCGUAAAAGAAGACGUUGCUUGCUCUCCUAGGAAAACCUGGAAGCGUGCCACAAGAUUUUAUGCCAAACCCGGCCUGAUUUAAUUGUCCUCCCCCAGUAGCCGCUUCCUGACUCCCGAUGCAGUGCACGUUAGCUGCACAUUCAGACAAACUAUCCAGUGUUCUACCUUCUCUGACAGGCCCUUCCGAAAUGAUGGUCGUCACUUGUAGAUGACUGAAGCCAGCCAAGUGAGGCUCGGAAUUUAGUAGAAGAUGCCAU